UGCUGGGAGUUGUAGUUUUGCAACAUCUGGAGGUCUGCAGGUUGGAGACCACUGAUCUAGAUGUUGCAAAGCUACAACUCCCACCAUGCUGAGAGUUGUAGUUUUGCAACAGCUGAAGGCACCCUGGUUGAGAAACACUGGUGGGCAAUAUUCAUACGAAGGAAUUACUUAGCGGAAUCCGACAGAAACUUUGCAGCGGAAACAUGUGCCCAAAUUCCGGUUGCGGCCCUCUCCGGCCCAAAAUUCCAGUUGUGGCCCUCUCCGGCCCCAAAUUCCAGUUGUGGCCCUCUCCGGCCCCAAAUUCGAGUUGUGGCCCUCUCCGGCCCCAAAUUCCAGUUGUGGCCCUCUCCGGCCCCAAAUUCCAGUUGUGGCCCUCUCCGGCCCCAAAUUCCAGUUGUGGCCCUCUCCGGCCCCAAAUUCCAGUUGUGGCCCUCUCCGGCCCCAAAUUCCAGUUGUGGCCCUCUCCGGCCCCAAAUUCCAGUUGUGGCCCUCUCCGGCCCCCAAAUUCCCGUUGAGGUCCUCUCCGGCCCCCAAAUUCCAGUUUCGGCCCUCUCUGCCCCAAAAUUCCAGUUUCGGCCCUCGCCGCCCCAAAAUUCCAGUUUCGGCCCUCGCCGCCCCAAAAUUCCAGUUUCGGCCCUCGCCGCCCCAAAAUUACAGUUUCGGCCCUCGCCGCCCCAAAAUUACAGUUUCGGCCCUCGCCGCCCCAAAAUUACAGUUUCGGCCCUCGCCGCCCCAAAAUUCAGCAAAAUUAAUUCGAAAACGCAUUAUAGUCCAUGGAGAAGGCGCAUUACUGAGCGGUCCUAUCACUGGCAGAAUAUCAGUCUGUGUUUUCCGGGUGGACAUUCCACAAAAACUCUGCCAUGUGAACAUGGCCGUAGUCUGUUGCAAACUCGUAAAUUACAACCCUCCAUCACAUAUCCCACAUUGUUAUACAGAGAGGGGAAAAAAAAGUUACAAAAACGUCACAAGCAAAAACAGUGUGAACAGAGCCUUAAUAGAAGCCGUGUUCGUGCGUUCUCGGAGAGCCCCUUUACUCCGUUUACCCACUUAAUGACAUUUCAAAAAAAAAAAUUUGAAAAAAAAUCUAUAAAUUAAAAUAAAAAUUUAAAUCUAACUUUCCGAUCCUCUAGCGAAAAAAGCUACUAAGAAAAAAAUGCAUUUUGAAAACUUAGCACAAGCAAUACACUGAACUUUUGCGAAUUAAAAAAAAAAAAUUGUAAAGCCCACCCCAGAGGUGAGAUCUAUUUUUCUAGUUUUUGAUUGUUCACUUUCCUACAAUCGGAUCGUUUAAAUCAUUUUUUUUUAAUAUCUGUACUGCCCCCCCCCCUCCCCCCGCGCAUUGCCAAUGUUUGUAACACGCGGCCCAGCGCGCCGCAGCCCGUACCAAAACUUCUAUUAGUAUUUUUUUAUUUUUCCCUUUUUAUUUGUUUUUGCACACUUUCAAUGUAAACAAAACUUUUUUCCCUUUUUUAUUUCCUUUUCAUGCAUUCUCUUCGAUCUUCCUCUACAAUGUUGCCUUUUGUCCGUUUCUCAGAUUCCCUGUUGCUGAUGUUUUUGAAUGAUUGUAAAAAAAAAAAAAAAAAUUACAAAAAUUUCCAUUAUAUUAUUGACCAUAGGUGGAGAAUUGAGAUAUUUAAUUUUGUUUUUUCUAUUUAUAUUUUUAUACUUGUUUAAACCUUAGUAGCAGUAGGUUUAUGGGUUUUUUUUUGUUUGUUUUUUUUAUUUUUAAAAUUUUUUGCUAAAGCCAGUUCCUACAGUAUUUAGAGAAACACUGCAGAAAGAAAUGGCACUUAUUGCAAUUAAUCUCAGGUCUUUAAUGAAAAAAAUAUAAAUAAAAAAAAAAAUAAUAGAAUGUCUGAAGACGACUGUGGAUAGAUAAGGACUUCUCAUCCGGAAGUGCAACUUUUUUUUUUUAUUUUAAUAUUUUUAUUUUUUUUAUUCUCCCCCCAAACUUCACGUUUUGUACAGUGAUCUGCAAUUCCCGAUAAGAUCUAUUACACCAUUGUACAUUUUGAAUGUCGCGCAGAAUAACGCUGACUUCUCCCGAUAUGUUGCACCUCCCGAGAUGCUGAAUUUUCUCACUUUUUGUUUCCUCCUCCUUAUCGCCCCCCCCCCCCCUUCUUUUUUUUCUUUUUCUUUUGACCUCAUGCAUUGUGUUAAAUCAAGAUGGUAGAAGAAUUUAUUCCGAUAUUCCGUAAACGUUCUAGCAAUCUUCGCUCUCCGGUCUAUCCUAAGCCGUAGACUUUUUUUUUUUUUUGUUAAAUAUAAGACGAGAGAUUUGUACAUAGUCGUACUGUUAUUUUUAGCCGACGUGCUUUGCAGUAUUCCAGUUACCACACAAUAUUGCUUCGGAGAAAAAAAAAUAAUAAAUAAAAGACGUGUGGCUUUUGUUUUGUAUUUUUUCGGUAUACAAUUUCUUGU